CUAAUUUAUAUAAAUAUAAUAAUAAUUAAUGGCCCGUCGAUUAUCAUUUGAUUUAACUAGAAACUAUAGAAAUGGUGAUGUUGAACUAAAUUCACCAUCCACACCCGACACACCAUCACCACUAUUGACCAAGCAGCAUAAUAAUAAUAAAUGGCGUUUAAAGUGGCCGGACUUUUGUUGUUGUAGCAAGGACAAAAAUAACAAUGAUCCGAGCAAAAAGGAGAUGGACCUAUCUAAAGAGGUCACUAUUCAAGAGCACAUGUAUACUUUUGAAAAGCUAUGCUCAGAGCUGAAAACCGAUCUAGAUAAUGGAGUGACCGAUAGCGAGGCCAGCUAUCGAUACGCCCGGGACGGACCCAACGCGUUUACCCCACCUAAACAAACACCCUGGUUCAUUUUGCUCGGUCGCGAAAUGAGCACAGCGUUUGCCAUUAUCAUCUGGAUCGCAUCGGCUAUUAGUUUAAUAUGCUUUUUUGUUAGCGAACCCCGCAAUAUGCAAUACUAUAUUAUAACCAUAGCGUUAGCGUUGGUUGUAAUAAUCACGGGUCUGUACUCGUACUCGCAACAGGCCAGCAGUGCCGAGAUAUUCAAGUCGUUCAAAAGCAUGGUACCUCAGGCAACAGUGGUAAUCAGAGGGGGCAAGCGGAUAGAGGUGCCCGCCGACCGGCUAGUGAUCGGCGAUCUGGUCUACUGUAAGGCCGGCGACCGAAUACCGGCCGACAUCCGUAUCGUACGGUGCGAGUCGAUGAAAGUGGACAACUCGUCCCUAACCGGGGAGUCUGACCCGUUGUCCCGGUCGCCAGACGUGGGCCACCAGAACCCCCUGGAGGCCAAAAAUCUAGCCUUUUUCUCAACCAAUUGCGUGGACGGCUCCGGCUAUGGCAUAGUGGUGGCCAUCGGCGACAAUACCGUGAUGGGCAAUAUCGCCCGUCUGGUCACCGGCAUUAAACAGGAGAAAACACCCAUAGGCAUUGAGAUUAGCAGAUUUACCACGAUUAUUACGGUUAUGGCGUGCGUGGAUGGGCUCAUAUUUUUCUGUAUUUGCAUGGGUUUUAAUCUGGGUGCGGAGAAAACACCCAUAGGCAUUGAGAUUAGCAGAUUUACCACGAUUAUUACGGUUAUGGCGUGCGUGGAUGGGCUCAUAUUUUUCUGUAUUUGCAUGGGUUUUAAUCUGGGUGCGGUCAACGCCGUACUACUUACCAUCGGCAUUAUUUCAAAGUUCUUUAUUGUAUAUCUGGGUGCGGUCAACGCCGUACUACUUACCAUCGGCAUUAUUGUGGGCAAUAUUCCCGAAGGUCUGCUACCAGCGCUAACCGUAGCUCUAACACUCACAGCCAAGCGUAUGGCAUCAAAAAAUUGCCUGGUCAAAUACCUAGAGGCUGUCGAAACACUGGGCUCUACCUCGGUAAUCUGCUCGGACAAAACAGGCACACUAACCCAAAACCGAAUGACUGUCGAACACUGUUACCUGGGCGACCAGAUUCUGCGCAUAUCGCACCAGCGGCAGGAAUUGUCGGACAUAGUGGGAUCGCUCGACCAGUGUUGGUUACCCUACACGCGGUGCGCCCGUCUGUGCUCGCGGUCUGAGUUCAUCGACGAUAACCCCGAUGUUAUGAAACGGGCGGUGAGUGGCGACGCCUCAGAGACAGCCAUAUUGAGGUUCAUGGAGUCCGUGACUGAACGCCCUGUGGCUGACUACCGGCAAACAAUGCCCAAGGUGGCCGAGAAACCAUUUAGCUCAACGUAUAAGUACCAGUACUCAAUACAUGUUAACCCCGAUGUGGACCCGGAGCUGAACAAUAACUAUGUCAUCGCUAUGAAGGGCGCGCCCGAGCGUAUUAUUAAACUGUGCUCCACUGUUGUUGGACCCGAUGGUCACACUAUACCGAUGUCGGCCACCCAUGUGUUGCACUUUGAAGAGGCCUAUAGGGAGUUGGGCUCUAUGGGUGAACGGGUGCUGGCGUUUUGCGAUAGAGAACUGACCGAGUUUGCCAAAGGUCAUAAGUUUGAUUUGAGUGAUGAUACGACCAUGGGCUUUGAGAUUGGUGACAUGCGCUUUUUGGGCUUGAUUGCCCUUAUUGAUCCACCCAGAACAACAGUGCCUGGUGCGGUAGCCAAAUGCCGUACCGCUGGUAUCAAAGUGAUCAUGGUGACCGGCGACCACCCAAUCACAGCUCAGGCCAUCGCCAAACAAGUAGGCAUAUUCACAGAAUCGCACCGGCGCUCGACGCGCAUAUCCCGACCGGGUAUAGACCGUAGCAAUCGGCCCAACUCGGCCUCCAUUGUAGUGCCCGGCGACGAGUUGUCCAACAUUUCAGACCAGGAUUUGCGCCACAUUUUGGCCGAUUUCAAGGAGAUUGUGUUCGCCCGCACAUCACCGCAACAAAAGUUGCGCAUAGUUGAAAAUGUUCAGGCCCUUGGUCAAAUUGUGGCAGUCACCGGUGAUGGUGUUAAUGAUUCGCCCGCAUUGAAAAAGGCUAAUAUUGGUGUCGCUAUGGGUAUUGCUGUAGUAAAACAAAGGUCGGACGUAUCCAAACAGGCGGCAGACAUGAUCCUAUUGGACGACAACUUUGCCUCCAUAGUGACCGCCGUAGAGGAGGGCCGACGCAUAUUUGACAACAUGAAAAAGACCAUCGGCUACAUUCUAGCUGGCUCGGUCACCACGCUGUUCCCAUUUCUCAUCUUUCUCAUUUUUGGAUUCCCCCAGGCCAUCGGGGUGAUCACGGUGCUUUUGAUCGCUCUGGGAACUGACCUCAUGCCCGCCAUAUCCCUGGCCUACGAAAAGGCCGAGAAUGAUAUCAUGAGUCUAAAGCCCCGGAACCCACAACGCGACCGACUGGUCACUCAGAGUUUGAUACUUAGGUCAUACGUACAGUUGGGUUCAAUAAUGAGCUCGGCCGGUUUUCUCGGCUAUUUCAUACAGUUCUGGGAUAAUGGUUGGAAUCCAUUGUCGCUAUGGCAACAACAAACUACAUGGAACCAAGAGGAUAUUGUUUUAAUUGACAGUAAUGGCGACUCAUGGGCUGUAAACAUUAACUUAACGAGUUUAUUACUAACAAUCUUGCUCAAUCCAACAGGUCUGCUACCAGCGCUAACCGUAGCUCUAACACUCACCGCCAAACGUAUGGCAUCAAAAAACUGCCUGGUCAAAUACCUAGAGGCUGUUGAAACACUGGGCUCUACCUCGGUGAUCUGUUCGGACAAAACAGGCACACUAACCCAAAACCGAAUGACCGUCGAGCACUGUUACCUAGGCGACCAGAUUCUGCGCAUAUCGCACCAGCGGCAGGAAUUGUCGGACAUAGUGGGAUCGCUCGACCAGUGUUGGUCACCCUACACGCGCUGCGCCCGUCUGUGCUCGCGGUCUGAGUUCAUCGACGAUAACCCCGAUGUUAUGAAACGGGCGGUGAGUGGCGACGCCUCAGAGACAGCCAUAUUGAGGUUCAUGGAG